UGCAUUCCUGCCAGCCAGUGUGUUCUGUGCUUCCCGUGGCCUGACUGCAAACCAGGCCAGACUGCUGAGCUGUUUCUAUGGUGCUACAUCUGAGACUUAAGAGUCAUUACACUCAGCCAAUCACAUGGCUUGUGGCUUGCGGGGGCACAGUGUGGGCUGUAGCAGCUAAGAGAGAAGGGCUUUUUGAAGUUUCUUUUGGUAAGCUCUGGAGUUUGUUCGGGGAGGACCACUAUCCUGGAAGAGAACAGGAGGCAGGAAAGGGGAUCGGGCACACUCAUCAUUAUCAAUGGAAUGAGGACUUGAUCUCUUGAUUGCAAUCUUCCCUAGGAGUUUUGUUUCUGACACUGCCUUUGAAGUUCAAUCACUUCCACAGUAUUGUUAUACACCACUUUGUUCAUGUUUGAUGGAUGGAAAGUGAGCAAAUGAAGAGGAAGAAUUCACCCUGAAAACGGGGCCGAACAGAACUCGUAGUUUUUGACAUCUUCUCGGGGCAGAGCGGUAGCUAUUGUGUUAAUUGGAAAAUAGUGUUGCCAUGGCUGAUAAUGUUAUUGAAGAGUCUGAUAACUAUCCUGAUGAGCUGGACUGGGGUUAUGAAGAAGGUGUUGAGUGGGGUCUUCUGUUUCCUGAAGCAAAUGGAGAGUACCAGUCCCCCAUAAAUCUCAACUCCAGGGAGGCAUGCUAUGACCCCCGGAUCCUGGAGGUGGGGCUUAACCCCAACUAUGUGGUUUGCAGGGACUGUGAGGUUAUCAAUGAUGGUCACACUGUGAGGAUCAUGCUCAAGUCUAAAUCAGUUGUAACCGGUGGCCCCCUUCCCAGCGACCAUGAGUAUGAACUGAGCGAGGUGCGCUUCCACUGGGGAAAGGAGAACCAGAGGGGUUCUGAACACACCGUCAACUUCAAAGCUUUUCCUAUGGAGCUUCAUCUAAUCCACUGGAACGCCACAUUAUUCAACAGUGUGGAGGACGCCAUGGGCAAGAAAAAUGGCAUUCUCAUCAUUGCACUGUUUGUGCAGGUUGGAAAGGAACAUCUCGGACUGAAGGCCAUUACAGAUGUCUUGCAAGACCUGCAGUAUAAAGGAAAGACAAAAAUUAUUCCAUGUUUUAACCCUAACACAUUACUACCUGACCCUCUCUUAAGAGAUUACUGGGUGUAUGAGGGCUCUUUGACCACACCACCCUGUAGUGAGAAGGUCACCUGGAUUCUCUACCGUUACCCACUAACCAUCUCUCAGAUGCAGAUUGAAGAGUUCCGUCGACUCCGGUCUCAUGUUAAAGGAGCAGAGCUUCUUGAAGGGAAUGAUGGGAUGCUGGGAGACAACUUCAGACCAACUCAGCCCCUGAGUGACAGGGUGGUCAGGGCAGCCUUCCAAUAGAGCCCCCACAGCAGGAUACAUUUUAAUCUGCCAUGGAGGCAAGAAAUGAUGAAGAAACUGAAAGGAAGGCCCUAUAACAUUGUGGUGUAAAGGAAAGUGCAUAAAGUUGCUUUGGCACUAUUUGUAGUUCAAUGUCCUGAGUACUGCAUUGAUGGUUUGUGUGUGCAGAAGCUGCUGUUACAUUUCAUUUGACUGACAGUUUUAUUGGUUCCAUUUGAAAAAGGAACGAAUCAGUGUGAAGAGAAAGCUGGUGAUAAGCUUGUAUAGAGAAGACAAGCAUAUUACGCUUGAUGAAUAAUGUUAGAUUAUUGCAGUUAAGAAGUUUAACAGCAAUUAACAAACUGUAGCAUUUCUGUAGUCCUAUAAAUAAAUCUGACUUCAUAGAAAUAUCAUAUAACACAGAAGAAUGUAAACGACUGACACAUAAUGUAACACCAUUUGAAGAUAUCUUUAGACCGUUUUAAAUUUUUUGAUAAUCCAUUACAUUUAAUGGAAGCCAUUUGGUGAUAUCAAAAAAGGCAGUUUAGUCAUAUCAGAAAAUAAAAAUUCACCAUACAUUUCAGUAAAGACCUCUUUAGACUUCUUAAAUUCUAAAAGUGGAAUAAAUUACUGUUGAAUGAACUGAACUGCAACUGACUACAGCUUCAUAAUUUUCCUUUAAUUUAUAAAUUCAUAAUUCAUAACUCCACGAUGAAUGAGUAGAGUAUUAAAAACUGUAGCCUUUGUAUACAGUGUCUGCUUAAAGGAGCAAUGUGGAGAUUUUAGCAGCAUCUAGCUGUGAGGUUGCGAAUGGCAACCAACGGCUCUCCCCACCUCUCCCUUUCAAAGCACUACGGCGGCUGAUACAGGACUAAGAUGUCGUCAUGUUUUCUCUUUGCCGAAGUAGAUAACGUAUUGUCGAGUGUCCUGUAGAGCAUUUUGUCGGUUUAGGGCUACUGUAGAAACAACAUGGUGAAUUCCAUGUAAGGGGACCUGCGAUGUAUGUAGAUACAAAUAGCUCAUUCUCAGGUAAUAAAAUAUAACGCUUCAUUAUGUAAGGUCUUUAUACACCUAUGAAGACAUAGUUAUGUAUAUUAUAUUGCAUUUCUGUCAGUAGACCCUCCUAAAUAUUCCACACAGCACCUUUAAUAUUCGCAAUGACAAUCUGUUAUUUAUAUGACGAUAUCUCUACUGCUCAAAACAUCAGUAGCAGUGGCUGCUAUUCCGGCUCAGCAGAAUAUAUUUAUAGCCGCCAUCUGAUAUGAAAUUUACCUUUUGUUAUUUAUAUACCUUGGUUCGGCAAAUUUCUUUGUAAGGUUAUCUUAUUUAGUCGCUGUGAAGAGGAAGUGUGAUUCAUUGACAGACAUGUCUGUGUGCUUCACACUUUCUUGAAACUGGCCACAGAGUCUAUUCUGUUUGUAUGUACCUUGAAAACCCCCUUGUUGUUGUAAUGACUGUCAUGUAAGUAAUGUACUGGCAUUUAAGAUAAGAAUCACGAAAAAUGUUAAUGUGAAAAGUGUAUUGGGGUUUUUUAUAACUUAUUUUAAGUCACUCAUGUCAUUAUUAUGCACCCAUUCGUUUCAAUAUCAUUACAUAAUGAUAAAUAAAUAUAUUAAUUUUCACAGUACAAUACUAUAAAGUAAUGUAUCAAAUGCUUAUAAUUACAAUUAUUAUGCAGUAUGCAAAAUUUAGGUAAAAACACUCAUACCCCAACCUAAAACACACUAAAGCAAAGAGCACAGCUACAGUAUCUAGCCGUCAGUAAGGUGUUAACUCCAACAUGAGUAUGUUUAUUCAAGCAAGCUAAGUAAAUUAACCAGUCUGACAUUAUUUUCUAUUCUGCAGGUUCAAGUAGAAAUGUUAAAAUUCCCCAAAACAAUGAACAAACGCAACUCCACCCAUCACCAACAACUUCAAAGCUACUAAAACUAUUUAUUGGAGUUGAGCCAUGCUGCAAUUCAUAACUUCAUAAUUCAUUCAGUGAACUUGUCUGAUCUAAGCAGUCAUAUUCCUGAAUGCAAUAAAUAUAUUUUAACAAAUGGACACACACCUUAACGAUAGGAACUUUACAGGUUUCUUGGUGCACAUGUACCAUAUGGUAAAGUCAUGGUGUUGUUUCGAGGACCUUGAUUAAGAUGCUUAAUAUGUGGCAGUUAAUUAGUACAAUGGCAUAUAUAAAGUACUACCAUCGAAGAGUACACUGUAAAAAAUGAUUCUGGAGGGUGUUUAAUACAACCCAUUAAAAUCAGUUAGAUUUUACUUGUGGGGCCACUGUGGACAGAAAAUGUGGCCCCACAGCGGGCAGCCCACUGCACAGGCCCUGCUACCGGCAUGAAAUGCGGGGCACAUGUGGGCCCCACACUAUAGGGCCCAGGUGGGGUCCUAAUGGGACAGCCCAAAGUUUGGGGAAAGUGUGGGCUGGGUGUGGGAACACUGGGGGAAGUGUGGGCUGGGUGUGAGAACACUGGGGGAAGUGUGGGCUGGGUGUGGGUACACUGCUUGAAGUGUGGGCUGGGUGUGGGUACACAGGGGGACGUGUGGGCCAGGUGUGGGCAUGCUGUGGGUACACUGGGGGAAGUGUGGGCUUACUGUGGGUACAGUGGGCGAAGUGUAGAUAUACUCUGUGCACACUGGGCAAAGUGUGGGCUUAUUAUAGGCACACUGACAAAGAGUGGGGAAUGUGGUUCCCUUUCUGUCGGUCUCUCGACGUUGUGUCGAACCGACAG